AUGAGGAAUAAAAGAACUCACCGAGAAAGAAAACAGAAAUGUCUGCAUUAUCAUAAUGGGGGACUGGAAUGCAAUGUGGGAGAAAUACAAGUGAAGUUCAAAGAAGUCUGGAGAGGUAAAGCAAAAGAAAGAAUAAACAAAGAAAGACUCAAAGAGGUAGUCAAGGCAUCAAAUUUGGAAAACAAAUUUAUAGAAAAAUGGGAAAGAGGUAGUGUUGAUGAAAGUGUUAAUGACAAAUGGAUAACAGUGAGGGAAGGACUUAUGCACUCUGCCAAAGAAGUACUAGGAAUUAGAGUAUCCCAAUGUACCAGGAAAGAAUGGAUAACAGUAAACAUGUUGAAAAAGAUGGAAGAUCAGAGGAAGUGGAAAAAUGUAGAAACUGAAGAAGGCAAAAAGAGGUAUGGGAAACUGAAUAAUGUAUUAAGAAGAGAAACUGAAGAAGCAAGGGAAAAAUGGAUGAAACAGAAAUGCAACAAAAUGGAGAAAAUGGAGAACGAGGGAAGUAGUGAUAUAGUUGAUAAGCAUAAAAGAAAUAGGAAUAACAUGGAAAUAGAAGAGUGGAUGGUGAAUGAAAUACAAAGUGAAAUUAAGUUUGAAGAGGAGCAAGAUGUGCUGGAAGAUGGAAAGGAAUCCACCAUCUUGGAAGCAGAAGCAGAAAAAGCGCUGAAGGAGAUGAAGAAUACGAAGGAUAACCUGUUUAAGCAUGAUUAUGAAACAAGAAACAAAUAUCAGUGUAAGUUACCAACUCAUAGGCAAAAACUGCUGGAGAAGACACCUUACUAUAUGAGUGUCAGGCUGGGAAAUAAAGUCUAUGACAAAUUUACAAGCAUAAUGAACCAUAAGAAUUAG